GGGGGGGCCUGGAAACCGCCGGGCGCCAGGGGGCGCCCGCGGCCGAGGGGGACCUGGAAACUGCUGCCACGGGGCUGGCGCCCCCUGCUGGGGAGGGGGGCCUGGAAACUGCCAAGCGGGGCAGCCUGGACACCGCUGGCGGCGGGUGGGGGAGCCCCAAGACUGCCGGCGGGGGGGAGAGGGGCCAAGAAACCACGGAAGGGGAGAGGAGCCACCAAGGUGCAGCCGGGGGGAAGCGGAAACUCGAGACUGCUGCGGAGCCAGGGAGCCUUGAAACCGCCGCCGCCGAGGGGAAGGGGGUCCUGGAAACCGCCACCACCAAGAUGGGGAGGCUCGAGACCGCUGCCGCUGAGGGAAAGGGGGUCCUGGAAACCGCCAAAAACAAGAUGGGGAGACUCGAGACCGCUGCCGCCGAGGGAAAGGGGGUCCUGGAAACCGCCAAAACCAAGAUGGGGAGACUCGAGACCGCUGCCGCGAAGGGGAAGGGGGUCCUGGAAACCAGCGCCACCAAGAUGGGGAGGCGCGACACUGCGGCCACUGACGAGAAGGGAGGCCUGGAAACUGCCGACGGCCGGGAGGGGCGGAGGAAGAGGUGGGCGGAGGAGGAGUGCUCCAUCAUCUCGGUGGGGGAGGAGGAGGAGGAGGAGGAGGGGGGGGGGGGCCGCGGCGGCCCGGCCGGCCCCGGACACGGAGCAGUACCUGGAGGCGCUGGAGGCGGUGCAGCUGGAGCUGGAGGCGGUGAACGAGCAGGCCAGCUGCGCCUUCCGCAUCCUCAAGGCCAAGUUCGGCCACAUGCGCCGGCCCCACCUCGAGCGCCGCAAUCUCAUCAUCCAGAACAUCCCCGGGUUCUGGGUCACCGCCUUUCUCAAUCACCCCCAGCUGUCAGCUGUGAUCAACGACCGGGACGAGGACACCCUGAGCUACAUGACCAACCUGCAGGUGGAGGAGUUCACUCACGCCAAGUCAGGGUGCAAGAUCAAGUUCUACUUCAGCGGGAACCCCUACUUCCAGAACGAGGUGAUCGUCAAGGAGUUCCAGCCGGCCUCCUCUGGCAGGCUGGUGUCGCACUCCACCCCCAUCCGCUGGUGGCGGGGCCAGGACCCCAGGGCCCACGGCCGCAAGAGCCCCGAGGUGGGGCGCAGCUUCUUCAGCUGGUUUGGGGACCACAGCUUCCCUGCAGGUGACCGAAUUGCUGAGAUCAUCAAGGAGGACCUCUGGCCGAACCCGUUGCAGUACUACCUGAUGGGCGAGAACGGGGGCGCCGGGGACGACAGCGGGACGGAGCCCGGGGACGACUGCGUGGUGAUCGUGGAUGACGAGGGGGACGAGGACGAGGUGCAGGAAAUCAUGGACGAGGAAGAGGAUGGCGAGGAAGGCAGCACAGCGGAGGAGCUAAUGGCAGAGGCGGCCGGCCGGGGCUCAGAGCCGGAGGAAGACGGUUGAUCCCCUGCCCCCCCUGCCCCACCAGCACCCGAAGAUGGACCAGGCUUCCCCCCCCAGCGCCCUCUGCUGGGGCUGGACUCUGUGACUGAGCUUUGCCCCCGGACCCCCGGCCUGAGGUCGCUUCCCGCUCUGGGCUUGGAGCAAUUCAUUGGAGCUCUUCAGUUGAGGGCGACCGCAGUUCCCAGCCUGGCCGCUGGGGGGCAGCACUCCCCACUGUGUCGCCAGUGGGGCAGUCGUCUGGGGGGCCAUGCUGGCGUUGGGGGUCGGCCCAGGGUGCUGGGGGCAUGGUGGGUAAAUACCCCCCCCCGGGGGCUCUGUGGGGGCCUGCCCGGCUUUGGCAGAGGGGCAUUGUGGGUAAAUCCCCUCCCUUCCCACAGUGGCCAGGUGGGGUCCUGCCUGGCUGCCAGAGAGGGGCAUUGUGGGUAAAUCCCCCCCCCCAGUGGCCAGGUGGGGUCCUGCCUGGCUGCCAGAGAGGGGCAUUGUGGGUAAUCCCCCCCCAGUAGCCGGGUGGGGCCUUGGACCCCCAGUGGCCUUUUACUGAGCAGCUCAGGGUCUCUUGUUCCAUUAAUUGUGCUCAGGGGUCGGCCGUUGACUCCCCCCUCCCACAGCCUGGGGUCCCCCAGAACCUGCUGCCAGCCUCAGGGCCCCCUCCAGCUGCUUUCUGCAUCUCUGCUGCCCCCCCACCAGCACAAUCCCGUCAGCUCGGGCUGGGCACGACUCUGCCCAUCCGCAUUGGGGGGGCAUUUAUAAAACCAACCAACCCCCCCCGGUGGCAGCUGUAUGAUCUGCCUGUCCGCUGGGGGGCACCAUGGGGCAGGGUGGGGGGUGCUCUCCCCAGCAGUCAGGGAGCAGUCAGCCAUGGGGCCGGCCCCUCUGAUGUGUUGUAGCCGUGGGUGGAGGCGCUAGGCUGGCGGUCCCCCCGUGGCCGCCCUAUGCAAUGCUACUGAUGUGGGGGGCGGUGCCCGGCCGGGGGUUGUGCCCGGCCCCGUGAAAACAAAGCACUUAAUAUACGGAGAGAUUUCA